AUGACUAUAUAUCACCUACCCGUAGAUUUUGAUGUUGAAGUUACCAAUGGAAAAUAUAGUGCUAAUAAAGAUAAGAUUCUUCAUGAUCAUAAUAAAUUAACGCAAUUCUGUUUAGCUGGAUUCAAGGAACUUGUAAAGAAAUAUUCGAAAGAAAAUUUUUAUAAAAAUUAUAUAGGGUUUGCUGUUAAUAUCGUGGCAAAAAUACACCUGGACGAAGACAUAACUGAAGAAGUGGAAAAGGUCGUUUAUACGUUAUUAGUUUUACAAGAGAACAAACAAACCCAAGAUAUCUCUCCCAAGGAAGUUAAUAAUGUACCUAACCUCUUUGUAGAUCAUCCUAGUAAUGCCAGCCCUUCACCUUGUGAAGAAGAUAGAAAGAUUGAUGAAUUCUUAGACUCAUUUCAAAAACAAGACUUAACUUCAGAUAAUAAAAGAUCUCUACAAAAGAAAAAGCAGAGAGAAAAAUUUAUUCAGAAAGUGUCUUCAAACCUGAUACAGAGUGAUACUGACCUAGCCAAGCAACAACUGGUUACACUAUCUUUAACUUCAAGCCCAUGCAAGCAGGCAGAUUUCUCGAGCUUUGUGUAUUUAUAUGAAAAACUUCACAAUACUAAGGAUUUUGCUGAUCAACUGUCCACCUAUACUCUACUAAAAGAUGGUUUACCAAGUAAUGAAAAAAAUUCUGAAUUGUCACUUCCUGAUCUCAGUUCAGAAAGUGAUAAGAAAAAUUCUGAGUCAGCAUAUAUUAAUAUUUCUAACGCAUUGGAGGAACAAACAUCUUCAAAAUCUGGA